AUGUAUCAGAAUGCAACAAGGUGUAUAUUGAAAAUGAUUCAUUUUGUUUGCAACAAAAAAGUAUUUCUCUCUGAAAGUGGAAAUGUGAAAAGAAUUCUUUCCCGGCUUUCAGAUUUCUAG